AUGGUCUCUCAAGUUUCACCAAACAUCUUAGGAGUGAGAGAUUUAACUGGAGACAUCUAUAUACUUUAUACUGAUCUUAAUGAACUAGGAGUAUUUUGUGUUAUAGCAAAUGAUUUGUCAGAAAUUGCAAUACUGCAGAAUAUUGAAUAAAUCAACUCAAUCUAUAAUUCUAUGUUUAUUCAUUAGAGUUCAGAUCUUGUAUUAUUAAUGGGAACAUAAAUCACUUAAGAUCAAUAAUUUGCAAUCUUUGUUGUUGGAUUCAAUAAAGACUAGCCAAUUAUGUCUGGUAUAUAUAUAUAGUAUAAUGCAAGUACAUUAGUGAAUUACGACGCUAUUAUUCCUUAAAUGGAAGAAGGUCAAGACUAUAUUGUAGGAUGUUUAGAAAGUUAAGCUAAGAAUAAACCUCUACUAGGAAUGAUUAUUCAUUAGUAUUUUACUGAAAAUUUAAUGGUAAUAUACAGGAAACCGGCUGAAACUUUAAGAAGCUUUUAAUGUCUAGGUUUAAGUGUAGCAAAGAGAGAUGAUAUCUAGAUUGUCUAUAGCUCUGUAUUAGAAAAUGAAGUUAAAAUUAUAAUUGCUAAGAUAAAAAAAGAUCCUUUUGACAAAAUAACACCAUUUGAUAAUGCCAUCUACGAAUAUUUUAACAUUCAAAAACAUACUGUAAAUCCCAAAUACUUUAAGUAUAUUAGCAACGAUAUUAAUGACUUCUUUCAUCUUGGAAAUAUUUUUGCUACUGAUAAUCAAUAAAGAGCAUACUUUGCUUUACUUAAUAGCAAUACUUACUUUAGCAUCACUGGAAACUAAGACUAUGGAAUGAAUUAAAUUUACAAUUAUUUAUCAUAACAAUCCUCAUUUAGUGGGUCUGGUUUUUUUGUUAGCUAAGACCCAAUAUUAAGACCAAAAAUUUAAGAAAAUUAAACUAUUUUGCCCUAUUUAAGAAUAUGGUAAGAAUACCUAAUAAUUUGCCCUCAAUCAUUGAUUGCUAUCUGGGAACUUAAUGUUAAAUUUAUUUUUCAAGUUUUGUUUUUGCCAAUGAUUGCAGUCAAGGAAGCAUAAAAAGACAAUAUAUUGUUGAGAUCAUUAAUGAUGAUGAAGAAAUUGUAGGAUUUUUAAGAUUUUUCAAUUAAAGCUAAAAUGCAUUAAUGA